GCCAAGCCAUGUCAGUCCAGGGAUUCCUGCUCAGCCUCUUGGUUGCCCUGAUGCUCCUUCUCCCGGCACCCAUUUGUGGAUCACCAGCCCGUGGAUAUUACCAAUCUCCAGCACGAGGCGGUCGCAGCUACACCGACAUCGCCCGAGUGGUCAAUCCCAAUCAAUACGCCUUCCCCGGAUCCCGAACCUAUCCUGGGCAACCCUUCUGGCCAUCGGGAUAAUAAACGCAUUAUAAACACACCGUGUUAAGACAUUUACAGGACUCGAUUCAGGUUUAGCUAGACAAUGAACUGCUACAUCUUGUACAGGAAAAUAUUCAAUAGAAUUAAGACUAAAAUCGGUACUAUUAAUAGUGCGUUGAAACCGAUUCCGAUGGAAUCUUGUUAUUAAAUAAAUAAAUGUAUUAUUAGAACGUUUUUUAAAA